AUCACAUGACUAUUAAAAGUUUUCACGUGACCAAAUGGUCAUAUUUUCAGUCUUUGAAAAUUUCGCAAAAAUUUCUUUUUGUUUAGGACUUCUUCUCCAAUAAGGUAUAGUUUAUAACAUUUAAUGUGUUUUUUAGAUGCGACAAUUUUAAAUUAGGUUGCUAAAUUAAUAAUUAUAUAUUUAAGAUGUAUAUCCUAAUUUAGAAAUUGCCAAAGUUUUAAAUUUCAUUAAUACUAUUAGGUAAUCAAUAGAUAUAAGAUCCCUAAUUCUCUCAUGUUUUUGAAAGAGAUUCUAUUUUUACUACUAGAGGAAUGAUAGUAACUGCAGACUGCAGCCAGAAAUAGUGUACAGUUUGUGUAAACCGCUGUUAUUGAGCCUAGAUUCUUUAGUAGUCAUCAGAUGCCGUGAUUAGUAAAAAAAAAAGAAUAAUAAAUGUGUUUUAAGCAGAUGAAUCUCAUCUUAUGGACGUUUGCCCUUUCGCAAGUCUUUUAUCCUACAUUCUCGAAUCUUAUCAAAUGUCCUGCCGGAAAAACGGCAUGUCCUGAGCAAGCUUCAUGUUGCAAAGAUUCUAAUGGUCAAUAUACUAGAUGUUGUCCAUUUCUCCAGGGUGUUUGCUGUCAGAAUGCAUUUUGUUGCCCUAGUGGAGCGGAAUGUAGAAAGGAUUUCUGUUACCUAACCUCUUUUCAACAAAAGAUUCCCCUAAGAGAAACCAUAGAAUCUAUAGUUGUCCUUCAGAAUGAAAAAGAUAAAGAUAAUGAAGUAACGAAUAUUUCCGACGAAAUUUGUCCGGACAAUUCGACUUAUUGUCCCGGUUCUGAUACAUGCUGCAUCAGCUUUUUCGGAUACGGUUGUUGCCCUCUGCCGAAGGGUGUUUGCUGUUCUGAUAGAAAAACUUGUUGCCCCCAUGGAAUGAAAUGUUCGAAGGAUGGAUGUAUAUCGCCAGGUUUAGGUUUCGUAUUUAAUUCGCUUGCUUCGUCAGCUUAUUUUAUUAUACUAACUGAUAUUUUAGACAAGGAAGCUUUUACUUUAAAUAAAAUUCCGAUAAGAAAGGGUAGGAUCUCAAGUGUGAUUUGCCCUGAUGAAGAAACUAAGUGUCCCUCAGGACAAACAUGCUGUCCUCUAAGAGGGGGAGGUUUUGGUUGUUGUCACUUUGCUCAAGCACAGUGCUGUAGUGACGGAGCUCAUUGCUGUCCACACAAUUUCAAAUGCGAUUUAAAGAGGGGUGCCUGUAUACCAUCAUCUGAUCAGCAACCUUCUUCGCCCUUAUUACAAAUAGACGGGAAAUCAGAAUGCUCUAAAGGUCAAACAAUGUGCCGAACUUCUCAAGGAGAGAAGUGCUGCCCUCUAUCGAAUGCUGUUUGCUGUACGAACGGUAAAAACUGCUGUCCCAGUGGGUUUUCCUGUGAUGAGUCGGGUUCUUGUUUGGAUGACGGUUUAAGCCUUGGAAAAAAACACUACCUGUUAGGAAUAUCGGAGAAACCUCCUCAUUACUGCCCAGAAAUAUGGAAAAAAAUGAAAAUAUGCUCUCCCACUCAAACCUGCUGCUUACAUAAAGAUGGUUCUUAUGCGUGUUGUGGUUUUAAGAAUGCUAUUUGUUGUCCAGACUAUUUACAUUGUUGCCCUCAAGGGCAAGUUUGCGACGCUAAGCAAUUUAAAUGUAAAAGUAAAGAUGGAGCAACUGCUUUAUUGAGUUUACUUAAGAGCCCUUCAUUGAAAGAAGAACCAAAGGAGGAGCCAAAAGAGGAGUCAAAAGAGGAGCCUGAAGCAGAGACUGCUCUUAAGUUUCAAAGUCAGAUGAAUAGGAUGGUAAUAUGCCCAAAUCCACAAUAUAAAUGCCCACCAGACACGACCUGUUGUAGAACAAUAUCUGGAGACUAUGGAUGCUGUCCUUAUAAAUUUGCAGUUUGUUGCUCAGAUAAAGAACAUUGUUGUCCUCAGAAUUACAGAUGUGAUUUAAGCAAGAUGCAAUGCAUUCAUCAUAAAUCAAAUCAUCAGUUGAAGAUGAGAAGAAUCGACGGUAAGGAGGAUGAGGAGGUGAAAUGCCAAAAAGGAGAAACAUGUUGUAGAAAGGCAAACGGAAAAAUCUCUAAAUGUCCAAUACCUAACGCUGUAUGCUGUCCGGACAUCGGCUGUUGUCCCUCGUCCUUUAAGUGCGAUAAGCAACUUUGUACAAAAUUGAUGCAAUUUCCAGUGGCUAUAGGCAAAAAUAUUCCUAGUAAACCAAUACCUUUCGAAAGAGAUCAAAGAACUGCUGUUCUAUGCCCUGGCUGGAAACAAUUUUGUUCUGAGGGGUCGACUUGCUGUCGCACCGAAAAGGAUCAGUUCAGUUGUUGCCCAUUGAAAAAGGGGGUAUGUUGCAAAUGGGGACACUGUUGUCCUACCAACUCCACUUGUGUUGAAAAGGGAUGCUCAAAAGAAAAACAUGUUAAAGUUAAACGACCUUAUAACUGGACUCCUUCACCACUCACUGACCCUCCUAUUAUCAAAUGUCCAGAUAACAAGUCCGAAUGUCCUCAGGGAGAUACCUGUUGUCUCAUUAGACCAAAUGUUUACGGUUGUUGUAAUGGAGUGGAUGCGGUUUGCUGCAAGGACAAGCUACGCUGCUGUCCGAAGGGAAAUGUAUGCACAAACACAUCUUGCGCAAAGCAAAAAGAUAAUAUAGUUGAUAAAAUUGCCCACUUUCCAUUGUAUGAACCAAAGGAGUUAACUAAUACGGCCUACUUUGAUGGUGCCAUCAGACUCGCCUGCCCUAAUAGCUAUACUGUCUGCCGGGAACGCUACUGCUGUCCUUAUGAGCAGGUUAGGGAGUUUGCUGCGAAAAUUCAACCUAUUGUUGCCCGAACCAAACAAGCUGUGAUGUAG